AUGAAGAUGAUGGACUCCAUUGUUGGGAGAAACUGGGCGAUGACCUUCCUGGCUGGGACUCUGCUCUGGACCACCUGCCUCGCUGCUCCCAUGCAGUGCCACUUCAACUCCAAAGGUGAGAAUAUCAUACUGAAGGGUGUUUUUCAUUCAUCAAAGUUCUUUAGGUUUAAGAUUCAGAUUCUGUUCAGUUAUUGUAUUUUGUCAUUUGAAUAUUUGGUAAAGCAGAAACAUUUUGUGGACCUGUCGAAACUCCAAUCAUGCAUUGUACCUUUAAGCCUGAGUAGACUGUUUUUUAUGCUAAAUAUCUUGGAUGGAUGAAUCCAUUUGAAGUUGAAAACAAAGUUAAUGUGGAUGUCCUGCGGAUGAAUGAAGGUUGAUUUGUAUAAUAUGUGUGUGAUUUGGGUUAACACCCCUGGUGGUCUCUGUCCCAGCCCUGUGUGUCUACGAGGGGAGACACUACUCCCUGGGGGAGUCAUGGAUGGAGAACGGCUGUCUGCAGUGCACUUGUCUGCACCCCGUGGGCGUCGGCUGCUGUGAGACGUGAGUACACACCUGUAAUCAAUGUGCCUUUCUGGGUUGUUGGUAGCAUUGGUGGUAAUAGGAAUGUGAUUUCCAUUCAACACAGGCAUGUAAAUUGUGCCCAGAGUCAAGUAACGGUUGUAAGGGAAUCAGGGUUGGGUCUAGGUCUGAUUGUGAUAUGUAGAAUUGGGACAUGCAGCUUCAACAUAGCACUGUUCUAUCAGGAUCAUUUCAUUAUGUCCUUUCAGAACACAUACGACAGUGCUCAUGCUCAGCUGUCAAUUAUGUUCCCCUCUCCGUACAGGGAGCAUCAUGCUCUUUCAGACCGCAUACAUUCAUAUAGACUUUGAAAAACCUACACCCCUCUCUCUCUCUCUCUGCACAGGGUGCAUCGCCCGGUAGACUUCCCAGCUUGGUGUGAGGUUCGGGUGGACACUCUGACCUGUAAAGUGACCAUGGUGCAGAGUGCUGACCCCCGACUGCCCUGCCUCCCUGGGAAUGGACACAACCUGGACCCCAGCCACGGCUCACUGGAUAACUACCUGCAGAUAGUGGAGUAG